UAUCCCGUCGUCCUCUUGUUCCCCUGCACAGCACAAUUCGGCGCCGAGCAGCACAGCAGCUCUCCUAGAGGCGGGCACCUACGCGGGGAUGGCGUCGGGCACACUCUUGCCCUGGAGGCGAAUCGCGUGUCGGAACAGAGUCGUGCUCGGUCCUGUGAUCGUCGCGCCGACCUCUGGAGCUUGCCCCUCACAUGUCUCGCCUGGUCAAGGCGGUUGACGCCGAAAGUGUCAGAGGAGGCCCAGUGCCAGGGCACAUUCCCAGUGGAAGCUCAACCCGCCCAGACAGGACAUGUGCCGCCAAGACGAUGGUACGCCGGGGCGACGAUGGUGGAGCCGUGUUCUGCAGGUUGGAGCCAGCCAGUCAAACGACAGCGCAGGGGGAGCUGUUCUGCUUGUGGGAGUGGGUGGACAGUACCUUGCCGAAGGCUCCCACACAGUGCCGCUGGCUCUUUAUCUCGACUCGCCCCGGCCUGUCCUGCCCGGACCGCCAGCGUCCCAGCGUCCCAACAUCCCCCAUUGCGCGCCCGAAUUCGAAUCCCACACCUCCUUUCCCGGCACCAAACCGUUCCGGCCCUGUGUCAAAACCUUUUCUGAUUCCUCUAGGUGCCGUUUCUGCCCUUUCGCAGUCGAGAAUCAUCCAUAUCCAGAACCGUGGUCCGAACUACGUCCAAACACACCUGCCAACUCAUAUCCAGCGCAGGGCAAUUCUCUGUCGCCCUUCUGCUCCGCUUGCUCGCUCGUUGCAACCCUGCUCCCGCAUCCUUCCGCCGCCCUUCGAAUUCGAUUGCACCGAGUGCAUCACUGCAUCACCUUCGAGGCCCGAUACUGUUGUCUUUUGUUUUUGUUUUUUGUUGUCAGCCUUCCAGCAGCGACACUAA